CCCCCCUCGUCCUCUUCCUCUUGCGCCCCCCAAAUCAACAAUCACCGCCCCGGCCCCAAAUCCAUCGAAAACCGCGGAAUUUAACCCUGGAAAUCAGCCCAGAAUUAGAGGCAAUAUAUCUUCUUGCAGCCACCGGAUCCGCCACUCGCGCGCGAACCCUAGGAUAAUGGGGGAGGCGGCGGCGGAGGAGCUGCUGCAUCGAAGGAUAGAGUUCCACGCCGCCACCAGGCCCCGUCCGCCGACGGCGUCGGCUGCGGCCAUGCCGGGAGGGUUUCGGAUGGAGAGGAGUCUCUUCGCGGCCGCUGAUAACCGCGUGGCGGCGGCGUGGGGUGGGCCGGAGGGCAAGAUGUUCGACAAUGGGGAGAGCAGCGGGGGCGGGUUCCAGCUCAGCGCCGCGAGAUUCUACCUGCGGAGAAUCGGUGCUGGCUUGCACAAUCUUGGCAAUACAUGCUACCUCAACUCGGUUCUGCAAUGCUUGACGUAUACCGAGCCAUUCGUGGCCUACCUGCAGAGCAGCAAGCACAGAUCCUCGUGUCAGACUCCUGGAUUCUGUGCAUUAUGUGCUCUCCAAAACCAUGUUAGGUCUGCUCUACAGUCAACUGGGAAAAUUCUGACACCAAUGCAGUUUGUCAAGAACUUAAGAUGCAUUUCUCGUAGUUUUCGUAACUCUAGGCAGGAAGAUGCUCAUGAGCUAAUGGUUAGCUUGCUUGAGUCAAUGCACAAAUGCUCUUUACCAUCUGGUAUACCAAGUGAGUCUCCAAGCGCUUAUGAGAAAAGUCUAGUUCACAGCCGCUUAAGAAGUCAGGUGAGAUGUACAAGGUGCUCACACUGUUCAAACAAAUUUGAUCCUUUCCUGGAUCUCAGUCUUGACAUAGGCAAUGCUACCACAUUGAUGAAAGCACUUUAUAAUUUUACCGAGGAGGAGCUAUUAGAUGGUGGGGAAAAGCACUACAGCUGCACCCGGUGCAAGCAGAAAGUUGCAGCAAAGAAAAUGUUUCUUAUUGAUAAGGCUCCUUCUGUGUUGACAAUUCAUCUGAAACGCUUUAGUCCUUUCAACCCUCUUCAAAAGAUCGACAAAAAGGUGGAUUUUCAAACAACUUUAAACUUGAAGCCAUUUGUAAGCAAUUCAGAAGGUACAGAUUUGAAAUAUAGCCUCUAUGGUGUUUUGGUUCAUGCUGGUUGGAAUACACAGUCAGGUCACUAUUAUUGCUUCGUUCGGACAUCCAGUGGUCUAUGGCACAAUCUUGAUGAUAACAAGGUUCGCCAAGUCCGUGAGGCAGAUGUGCUAAGGCAGAAAGCAUACAUGUUAUUUUAUGUGCGUGACGAAGUAAGGAAUUCUGUAAUUCAUAGAGGUAAUGGUGCUGCCAGUUUGUCAGAAAAGGAAAGGAUAUCCAAGAAGAUUGCAUGUAUGAAUGGUGCAAUUCGAAGUGGUUUAAUGGAAAAAACUUUGUAUUUUCCCUCAAUUUCCAAAGAAGAUAUGAAGUUGCAGAAGCAUGACCCAGAUAAUGGUCAGCCCAGUGAUAUUACUGCCACUUCACAAGGCCAGUGUUCAAAUGAGCAUAGCACCACUGAAGUUAUCAAUGCUUCAACAUCCAAAAACAAUGAACCAGAAGAGAAAGCCCCACAUGCACUCCCAGAUGGUGCAGAUACCUUGUCCACCAAAGCAGAGCAAAUAGCACUGGGUGUUCAGAGGGAGAUAAUAUCUCCAGGACAACCUGAUGUUUGUAUUCUUGAGAUGAGAUCACAGAAGCUGAACCCAGAUAAUGGUCAGUCCAACAAUAGUAGCGCCAGUUCGCAGGAACAGUGUUCCCAUGAACACGGAAACACUGAAGUUACUAAAGAUUCAACAUCCCAAAACAAUGAGCCAGUACAGAAAGCCUCAUGCUCACAUGUUGCGGCUACUGCUACAUUCUCCACCAAAACAGAGCAAACUGCACUAAUUAAUCAAAGGGAGACAAUUUCUACAGCACAGCCUGAUGUUUGUAUUAUCUGUGAUGCAAGCUCUGAUCAGAAGGUAUAUGAGAAGCCAUUACAGGAAUUGCAACUUGAACCUGAUGGUGCACUAACUGAUUCAGGCAAAGACUUCCCUGCUUCUGCACAGCCUGAUGCUUGUAGUCUCUGUGAUGCAAGCUCUGAUCAGAAGGCACAUGAGAAGCCAUUGCAGGAUUUGCAACUAGAACCUGAUGGUGCACUCACUGAUUCAGGCAAAGACACCCCUGCUUCUGUGUUUGAAUCAUGCAAUGGUGCUGAUGGGUUAUUGAGGGCAAACAAGCAGACUAAUGAACCUCGAAUUGAUGCAUUUUGCAAACCAUGUCCUAAUAGUGAUGCAACAAUCAUUGCACCAGUUGUCCUGACUGAGGAUACUGCUGUUUCUGAUGAUACAAUAACGGGCAAUGAAGAUUCAAUCCAUGGUAUUGAAGCUAAAGGGACAGAGCCUGUUAAGCAAUAUGAUGGACUAAUUGUGGUGAAGGAGCUUUCUGUGGAAACAAUUGAUGAUAAAGUAAAAGCAGAGGAGCAGACUGCUGUGCAGAACAAUACACUGGGGGAUGGGCAGUCUAUGGUUAAGGAAGUCUCUCUUAUGGAAACUGGCCAUAUGGCAGAUGCAGAGUACCAGGUGGUAGAUAAAGAUAGGGGUCCACGCCAUGGCAGUCUGCAUAAAAAUAUUAAAAUCAAGUCAAAGAAGCAUGUGAAUUAUCCAGCUGCCAACUUUUAUUUUGGGUCCAAACAACUGUUGUUGGCGUCACUGAAACCACGCAAGAAAAGGAAACACAAGAGAACUAGAAGGCUUUCAACAUCAGAUGUAAACCCUGAAAGUAUUGCCAAUGAUCAGCAGACAUCAACAUCAGAAACUGUUCUUAGUAGUGGCAUAUCAUGCAAAUCCCAGAGACGAAAACACUCUCAUAACACUGCAAGUUCUGAAGAUGCUAUACACAUGUAUAAAAAGAAACAAAAUGUUGGAAACUCCUGUGCUGCUGAACUUACCAUAGACAAGGAGGUCAGCAAGGAUGCAACUUUUGCUGGUGCUGAGCUAGGAAGCUCAUUCCGGAGCUGUGUGUCAAAUCCUGAUGCAGGAAAAUGUGGGGAUACAGAUAAGAAAGGCUCCUGGCAUUUUGACCUCCUCACAAGGGGUUUGAGAGUUCCACGAUGGGAUGAUGAUGACAUGCGAAAUACCAAGGCGGCAGAGCUGCAAUAUUCGAGUGCCACCAGCAUUGGCUAUGUUUUAGAUGAAUGGGACGAGGAGUAUGACCGCGGGAGGACGAAGAAGGUGAGGAAAUCAAAGCGAGACUUCAGUGGACCGAACCCUUUUCAAGAGGUGGAAAACAUCAGAUCACGGCAGCGGAGGAGAUUGCAAACUGACCAGAUCAGGUCCGGGCACGGGCCUCUAAGGAUAUGACACGCUGUAGAAGCAUAUCGCUGUUGUGUCCAUCAGUUUUGAAACUGAAUUUCUUCUUUGUAUUUUUCUAGAUUUCUGAUAUGUUGUAUAGAGUUUGGACAGAUGAAUGUACCUUGUAUUUGUUGCUAAUCGAUCAGUGGAGAAAUGAAAUGACAACUCUUUUGUUCUGUUCGC